AUGGAAGAGCGUCGUGGGUCAUGGAGGAGCGUGGAGGGUCAUGAAGGAGCGUGGUGGGUCAUGGAGGAGCGUUGUGGGUCAUUGACGAGCGUGGUCGGUCAUAGACGAGCGUGGUGGGUCAAGGAUGAGCGUUGUGGGUCAUGGAGGAGCAUGGUGGGUGAUGGAGGAUCAUGGUUGGUCAUGGAGGAGCGUGAUGGGACAUGGAGGAGCGUGGUGGAUCAUGGAGGAGCCUGGUGGGUCAUGGAGGAGCCUGGUGGGUCAUGGAGGACCGAGGAGAGUCAUGGAGGAGUGUGGUGGGUCAAGGAGGAGCGUGGUGAGUCAUGGAGGAGAGUGGAGGGUCAUGGAGGAGCGUGGUGGGACAUGGAAGAGCGUGGUGAGUCAUGGAGGAGAGUGGAGGGUCAUGGAGGAGCGUGGUGGGACAUGGAGGAGCGUGGUGAGUCAUGGAGGAGAGUGGAGGGUCAUGGAGGAGCGUGGUGGGACAUGCAGGAGCGUAUUUGCUUUUGGAGGAGCGUGGAGGGUCAUGGAGGAGCGUGA